AUGAGGAACCGCACAACAGUAACAACUUUCAUCUUGCUGGGAUUAACAGAUGACCCGCAACUGCAAAUCCUACUUUUCAUCUUUCUAUUUAUUACUUACAUGCUGAGUGUAGCAGGAAACAUGACUAUCAUCGCCCUCACCUUGGUGGACUCACAUCUUAAAACUCCUAUGUACUUUUUUCUCAGAAAUUUCUCAUUCUUAGAAGUCUCAUUUACAACUGCUUGUAUCCCGAGGUACCUAUAUAACAUAUCAACUGGAGAUAAUACCAUUACUUACAAUGUUUGUAUCAUUCAAUUAUUUUUUGUUAUUCUCUUUGGAACAAUAGAAUUUUUUCUCCUGGCCGCCAUGUCCUAUGAUCGCUAUGUUGCUAUCUGUAAGCCCCUUCAUUACAUGACCAUCAUGAGCCAUCGGGUAUGCUCCAUGUCAGUUCUUUCCUGUUGGGUAUCAGGCUUGCUGGUCAUUCUCCCACCUCUCAGCAUGGGCCUUGAGCUUGAGUUCUGUGCCUCCAAUGCUGUUGAUCAUUUUUUCUGUGAUGCAAGCCCCCUCCUAAAGAUCUCAUGCACGGAUACAUGGAUAAUUGAACAAAUGGUAAUCAUUAUGGCUGUAAUUACCCUCAUUCUCACUCUAAUAUGUGUAAUUCUAUCCUACACCUAUAUAAUCAGGACAAUUCUGAGAUUUCCUUCUGUUCAACAAAGGAAAAAGGCCUUCUCUACUUGCUCAUCUCAUAUGAUUGUAGUUUCUAUUGCCUAUGGAAGUUGUAUCUUCAUCUAUGUUAAGCCCUCUUCAAUGGAAGAUUUGGCCAUCAAUAAAGCUGUUGCAGUACUGAACGGUUCUGUUGCACCCUUGUUGAAUCCCUUCAUUUAUACCCUAAGGAAUAAGCAAGUGAAGCAAGCUUUUAAUGACUCUAUAAAGAGAAUUUCUUUUCUUUUAAAGAAAUAA